AUGCCGUUGCCACCAUCUUCAUUGAACCAGAAGUCUAGCCGGGUGUAUUCUGUGGCCCGAGUAUACAAGGAUGCCUGUGAGCAGAGGCCUCAGGAGUACUGGGACUACGAGCAAGGUGUAACCAUUGACUGGGGGAAGAUAUCGAACUAUGAGAUUGUGACCAAGAUUGGGCGUGGUAAGUACUCUGAGGUGUUCAGCGGGAAGUGUAUUACCAACGACCAGCCGUGUGUUAUCAAGGUGUUGAAGCCGGUGAAGAUGAAGAAGAUUUACAGGGAGUUGAAGAUCCUGACCAAUCUGACCGGUGGGCCCAAUGUCAUCGGUCUGCUGGAUAUAGUGCAGGACCAGGCCUCUAAGAUACCGGCAUUGAUCUUCGAGGAGGUGAAGAACGCUGACUUCAGGACGCUUUAUCCUUCGUUCACGCUACAGGAUCUACAGUACUACUUCACACAGCUGCUAAUAGCACUGGACUAUUGCCACUCCAUGGGUAUAAUGCACAGGGACGUGAAGCCACAGAAUGUCAUGAUAGACCCUGCACAGAAGAAAUUGAGGUUAAUCGAUUGGGGUCUGGCAGAGUUCUACCACCCAGGCGUGGAUUACAACGUCAGAGUGGCCUCCCGUUACCACAAGGGUCCCGAGCUGCUGGUGAACUUAAACCAGUACGACUACUCGCUAGACCUGUGGUCGGUCGGGUGCAUGCUAGCUGCCAUCAUAUUCAAGAAAGAACCUUUCUUUAAGGGAUCUUCCAAUGCUGACCAGUUGGUCAAGAUCGCAGAUGUUCUAGGUACGAAAGAACUGAUGGCCUACCUGGCCAAAUACGGAUUAAAACUGCCAUCCGAAUACGAUCACAUCAUGAGGGACUUCACAAGAAAGCCAUGGGAACACUUUGUCACUUCCUCUACCCCGCUAGCCGUACCAGUUCUAGUGGACCUUGUCGACCAUUUGUUGAGGUACGACCAUCAGGAAAGACUAACUGCUAGAGAGGCAAUGGACCAUGAAUUCUUCAAGACCAACUUCGACUAA